ACAUAUGAGAAAAGAUCAUGUUUUAGCAGAAGAGUUGGAAAAAGUUAAGCUUGGAAGCCUUUUGCCAUCAAGUCUGAGCAAAGAACUUGAAAAGAAAUACCUUGACAGUGAAGAGGCUACUAUCAAAAAUUCACUGACCAGAUGUUUAGAUAAAGAAAUCCAAAGAUGGAAAGAAGACAAAGAACCAGAGAAAAUAAAUGGGCAUUUUCAGAGCGAACUACUCGCAAUAUUUGUUAUCCAGAGUAUCUACAGCGGCCAGAAGCGAGCCGAGGACAUCAGUGCAGCAGUGGGUGAGGAGCUGUCACAUCGCCUGUCCAAAGAGCUGCCUGCCUUCCUGAAAAGCUACAAGGAUGCUUUCGAAGACUUUAAGGAGAAAGGCAGGAAGCAUAGAUACUACAAGCCUAUACUGAUCGCAAAUAUUAACAACUGCUGGAAUUUUAGAGACUAUACGGAGAAAAACAUGGCAGAAAAGGACGACAGUAAAGCCAGUAUCCUCAGCACUCUGGGCGACAUCGAAAACAGCGGCUUUGACGUGCUGCUUCAACAGCUGUUUGCGCAGCUGAAGCCAAUUUAUAAGAAGUUUACCGAAAAUAAGUGGGACUCCAGCAAUGAAGUUAUGAACGAGAUCAUUAAAACCACCAGCAAAUACAUUUCAGACUUCCGGACCCUAAAGGACCCUUUCUACCAUGCUAUCGUUGAGAAGAUCCAUGCCCGUUUGGUGAAAGAGUACAUCGUGAGGCUGCUGAAGAGGAAAGUCAGCCUGAAAACUCCAGCACAGCAGCAAAACUUGGCCCAAAACAUCUCUAAGAAUGCUGCCGACCUGGAAGCCUUCUGUGCCAGUAAUGGCUCUCGAGCCACGUGGCUGAAUUCAGCGCUCCCCAAACUGGCUGAAAUAAUCCGACUUCAGGAUUUAGGUGCUAUUAAAAUUGAAGUUGCAACGCUUGCCACGACAUACCCAGAUAUCCGGAAGAGGCACCUGGAAGCGUUCCUGUACAUCAAAGCCAACUUGUCACGCAGUGAACUCAAAAGCAUCCUGGGCUACUUGGCAGACAGCACGGCGUCCACACUGCCCGAGGCCCCGCUCUUCUCCAACAUAAACGUGUCCUAG